AUUUACCCCGAGAACGAGUUCGCCCCCGUGUGGAGCAGUCCUUCUGUGAAUGGUGCAGGAUAUUUCCCUGGUGUGACCGUGGAUGAGGAUGUAAGCCCUGAUUAUGACGUUGUCACCGUUACAGCGACUGACGCGGACCCGGAGAAGACGGUAGAAGUGACGUACAGUAUUACGUCAGUUGUGUCAGGGGAGGUAACUCUCAUAGCCUCCCCAACAGGUGUCGCUGUUACAAACUUGGUCCAGUCGAUACCAUUGCUGGUGUCAGACCAGGGUACCCCGAAUCUUCAGGGAAAAGGUCACCUACUGGUGCUCUUUGAAAACUGUCAAACCAAUGCAGUGUGCAGCAACGACAGCAACGUCUACACGCCAACGUUCUCAAAGUCUCUUCACACUGUUGCUGUUCCAGAAAAUACCACAGGAGACCUUCUUAUCUUGACCUUCACUGCAACUGACGCUGACAAUGGAACCAACGGUCAGUUUACAUUCAACAUCAGCGACGGCAACAACGACGGCUUGUUCAGACUUGACGGGGACGAUCUGUAUGUGCAAGUUGUGGACUACGAAUCGGCAUCGUCAAUAGACUUCACGUACUCCUUGACGGUCACCGCUGCUGACCAACGAUAUUUCCCUGGUGUAACCGUGGAUGAGGAUGUAAGCCCUGAUUAUGACGUUGUCACCGCCGUUACAGCGACUGACGCGGACCUCGGAGAAGACGGUGAAGUGACGUACAGUAUUACGUCAGUUGUGUCAGAGAGUCUCAUCUUAACAUUCACUGCAACCGACGGCGACAACGGAACCAACGGACAGUUUUCUUUCAACAUUAUCGACGGCAACAACGACGGAUUGUUCCGACUUGACGGGGACAACCUCUACGUGCAGGUCGUAGACUACGAAGGCUCAGCUUCGAUCAGUCCCCAGAACGAGUUUGACCCUGUGUAUCAGAGUCCGAAGCCGGACAGUAGCGGUGAAUUUCCAGUACUGACCGUCAACGAAAAUGAACCUCUCGGAUAUGAGGUCAUCGUCGUUACUGCUACCGAUGCUGACCUUGGAGUUGAUGGUCACGUGGUCUACAGUAUCGAGUCGGUUUUGACAGAUGCAGGUGCUAGUGAGCCAAACAAGUUCACUGUGGACCCAUCCACUGGACGUCUGACAACGUCAUCACAUUUGGACUUUGACCCUUCAACAGGCGGAACUGCAUACUAUAAUGUCACAAUCGCGGCUUCUGACAUGGGGUCCUCGCCAAGAAGCGCCACAGUACUCCAGACAGUGAUUGUUCACAACAUAAAUGAUAUACAGCCAACUUUAUCAGUAACCAUGACAACUGUGAAUGUGCCAUGUGGUACCGCAGGUGGAGCAUCACUGGUGACGUUAACAGCUGUUGACGAAGACGGACCAAAUCUCAGUUUUGCUAUCGAUUCAGGGUCUAAUCCAUACGUCUCCGUUAGCAGUUCAGGGGAGGUAACUCUUCUAAGUUCGCCAGUAGGUAGCGCUGUGGAUGACCUUGUUGAAAAUAUUCAAGUCGUGGUCUCAGAUGGUGGAACUCCGGAAUUAACAGUAACUGGACAUGUACAGAUUCUAUUCGAAAAUUGUGGAAACAGUACUGUUUGUCCUUCCGUUACUACGGCAACGACAACAGUGGCUCCAACGUGUGACUGCAGCAACAUCACGACGACGGAAGAUAAUCCUCCGUCCAGGUCAGCCAAUGACGUCAUUGAGACUUGGGUAAUGAGGGCAGUGGUCAUGAUGCUGACGGCAGCGUUGUUUGGGGUUCUCGCCAUGCAUUUCAGACCGAAGACACCCACCGUCCCUCAAAAGAGUAGCGGUAAAGUGUUUCCCCGAGAAACUACCCUGGAGAGAGGGAUCCAGGAUGACUCGGGAAAGCCCUUUGAAGAUGAUCUAGAACACCAUUUCCUUCACAAAUAACCAAGGAAAGACCUUCACCCAACGAUGUCGAAAUAAAAGGGACAUGCCAACAAAACGCAUGUGGCCAUGUAAAUGAUAUGGAUGAAUACACUACGUGGGCAAUAAAAGAUCAAUAGAACCGUCCAAGAUGUU